AUGGAUGAAACAGGGCCGUUGAAUAGGGCACAUAGCUUUGCCGGUCAAGCUGAAGACUAUCGUGACAGUGGGAAAUGGGCUAAAGCUGCCGACUAUCACUCAAAAGCUGCUGAGCAAUUCCUUCUUGCUACCCAACAGACAACAAACGCAGAGGUACUCAAGACAUUACAUUUGUUGCAGGCAAGUCAUUCGCAACAGGCCAAAGAACUACAAAAGAAAGUGUCUGCUCAGUCCCAUCGACCGCCACAAUACGCAACACCCUCGUAUCAGUCAACCUCAUCGUCACCGAGGCAGUCUGUAUCUCAGGUCUCUGAUAAACAGUCUCAACUUUUACAACGACAACAGCAGCAGCAGCAGCGACAAACUCCAUAUUAUCAGCCACAACAACAGCAACAUUACCAACAACAUAUAUUAUCAACAAAUACAUCCCCAUCUUCCUCUACUAUAUCAACCACUACCGCAGGGCCCACCGAAGCUUCAUAUCUCUUCUUGACACACCCGAAAGAUCUAGAAGCUGAGGUCCAGGAUCCUUUCAAUAGAUUCUGGGACGCAGUAGAGAAUCUAGUGCAAAAGACUGUCACUGCUCCGGUUGCUUUUGCCACUGCGCCGUUGGGGUUUGAUGAGUUUGGGGCAAAUAAUAGUGGUGGUAACAAGCAGAGUAACAAUACUAGUCCGUCGUCAUCGUAUACGUCGAAUAAUGGUAGUGGUGGUGGAAGGGAUGUGAUGUCAGAGACGAUCAAGGGGCCUGGUGGAGGUGCUACUUCGAUAUUGAAUUCGUAUUUUGUCGUGCCUAGCAGUACGUCUGCUCCUGAAUACUAUCCGUCUGCUACAUAUCCGCCAUCAUCACAACAACAACAGCAAUCGGUACCAUCAUCGUCACGAUCGUCACAUCCGAAUUAUAAUGGCCACCAACAGAACUAUAAUAACGAAGAACCACUACGCUUACGAACAGAACAAGACUUACGAGUCCUCAAAACAUCUGAAGAACUACGUCUGGAAAACGCUUCAUUGAAAAUGACGGUCGACAUGCUAUCACGACAAGUAGUCGCCCUCCAACGAGCUGCAGAAGAAAACGACAUGUUGAGGUCUAGCAUCAUUCAAUUCAGACAAGAUGUGCAAAAGGAAAAGGCCAAACAACGUAUGCUCAAGCCUACUCCAGGCGGCUUCCCAUCAUCACCUGCAGCGUCGACAAUGAUGGAUGAGAGGGAAGCGUCAUUGACUCGUAAAGUAGUUAGCCUGCAAGAUGAAUUGAAGCUUGCUAAGCAGGAUGUGGAGCGAGUUAAACAGGAGAAUGAACGACAUGUUAGUGCGCUCCACAAGUAUCGUGAAAGAUGGGAGCGCUUGAAGGAGAGUGCAAAGAAGAGGAAGGAGUUGUCGCCUACUACUGGUGAGGGGUCUGGUAGUAAUGGUAGUACGCCUCAGCCGGCUGCUGCUAGUCAUGGUUUAGGCGAUGGGCAUAGGAUCGGUAGCAGUGCUGGUAGCAGUGGUGGGAAUGCUAGCAGUGGUCAACCAGCAUCAUCCAGUACUACUCCAACAAAUAGCAACCACCACAACAAUACUCAACAACACCAACAGCCAGCACCAAAUAAUAAUUCUAGCAACAACCAUAUGAUGGCACCACCAGUAUCAAUCGGUACAGUAUCAACACGAAUCGGAAUGCCAAACACCCUCCCACGAACAACACAACACUCUGGAUCACCACCAUCAUCAUUUCCAGCUGCAAGCACCAAACUCGGCACAACACGAAACCCAUUCGAACAUCAGCGACGAACAAGUCUUGUAAAUGACUUAUCUAUGAAUAAUCUUAUAGCUGCAGGAGGAGCCUCCGUCACGCCCUCGGUGUCGCCGAGCCACAAUACGGUGUCGCCUAUAGCUGGGAAUAGUGGUAAUAGCAGACAGCAGCAGGAUACGUCUGCGUCGAUAGUGUCGUCUGUAUCGUCAAAGAGGGAUGUUAUGGGACAGUCGAAUGUCUUGUUUUAUUCUACUACGUCUGGGUUUGAAUGA